UUUAAAAUCGGCAAAACUUGGAGACAGCAUGAAGAGGAAACCUGACGCCCGCCGAGUUCACAGGGAUAAAUUAUUCAGCUGUGGUGGAAGUGGAAAACCUGCCGUGCAGAGGAUGGCCUGCUGGAGGGAGGGUGCCACCCUCCUGCUGGUUCUGCUGGUUCUGCUCACCCUGCGGCCCGCCACCGGGCGAUCGUCUCCACACCGCAGCUUGAGACGUCAAACUCGAGGGCACCACGAACGCCGCGCGCACCAGAACAUCACGUUGGCCGUCAUUUUACCACAGAGCAACACGGAUUACCCGUGGGCUUGGCCUCGCAUCGGUCCCGCCCUGGAGCGGGCUGUUAGAACCGUCAACGCCGACCCCACCCUGCUCCCCGACCACCACCUCACCUACGCCUUCAAGAACAGUGAAGACAAGGACGGCAUCUGCUCAGAGUCCAUCGCCCCGCUCAUGGCUGUGGACCUCAAGUUGGCCUACGACCCGUGGGCUUUCAUCGGGCCUGGCUGCUCCUACACCUCCUCCCCUGUCGGUCUCUUCACCACCCACUGGGAUGUUCCCAUGGUUACAGCAGGCGCUCCGGCCGUGGCCUUUUACGGCGGGGUCUACCCGUCCAUCACCAACACGGGCCCCACCCAUAAGAAGCUUGGGAAGUUUGCCCUGCGGAUCUGUGAGCACUUUGGGUGGCGGGAGCACGUGAUGCUCAUGUUCAGCGACGACAAGGUGGACGAUCGGCCGUGUUACUUCGCCGUGGAGGGUUUGUUCACGGAGCUGAGGAGCAUCAACAUCACCUUGGUGGACAGAGUGUUCGAAGAGAACAAACUGCCAAUCAACUACUCCCAAAUCCUCUCUGACAUUCAGAGCGACGGCCGAGUGAUGUUCGUCUGCUGCUCUCCAGACGUCUUCAGGAAGCUGAUGGUUCAGUUCCGGCGGGCGGAUCUUCCUCACGAGCAGUACGUCGUCUUCUACAUCGACGUGUUCGGAGACAGCCUGAACUCCAAGCACAGACAGCCGUGGGCACGGGGAGAUGAGGACGAUGCCAUCGCCAAGGAGGCCUUCCAGAGCGUGAAGAUCCUGACGUACCGAGAGCCUCAGAACCCCGAGUACACACACUUUGUCGACAACCUGAAGACAGACGCCAGGAAGAUGUUCAACUACACCAUAGAGGACACACUGAUGAACAUUAUAGCUGGAGGCUUCUACGAUGGUCUGAUGCUCUACACUCACGCCCUGAACGAGAGCAUGUCUGCGUCCGGCGGCCGUCCUCCAGGAAAGGUCGUCACCAAGAGGAUGUGGAAUCGAACCUUCCACGGUGUAACUGGCCUGGUCCACCUGGACGAGAGCGGAGACAGAGAGACGGACUUCGCUCUGUGGGACAUGAUCGACGCCAACACCAGCGCCUUCCAGAUAGUUUUGGUGUACAACAGCUCAGAGGAGCAGCUGACGGCCAUACCUGGAACAACGCUGCACUGGCCGGGUGGAGUCUCUCCUCCCGAUGUUCCCGUCUGCGGCUUCAAGAACGACAAACCCAUCUGCCUCGCAAAAACGAUCACCAUCCACCAGAUGGUUUCCAUCGUGGUCUUCUUCAUCUUCACCAUGACCCUCACCGUCACUGUCUUCGUCUGCAGGAGGAUGAAGCUGGAGAAGGAGCUGGUGGCUCAGCUCUGGAGGAUUUCCUGGCACGACAUCCAGAUGAGCAACCUGGGCAAAGUGCUGCGCAGCGGCAGCAGGAUCACACUGUCGCUGAGAGGCUCUAACUAUGGCUCCCUCAUGACUGGAGAUGGAAACCUGCAGGUUUUUGCAAAGACCGGAUACUACAAGGGAAACAUCAUUGCCAUCAAAUACACCAACAGGAAACGCAUCGAGCUGAACAGGAAGGUCCUGUUUGAGCUGAAACAUAUGCGCGACGUUCAGAAUGAACAUCUGACCAGGUUCAUCGGAGCGUGCAUCGACCCUCCCAACAUCUGCAUCAUUACAGAGUACUGUCCCCGAGGAAGUCUGCAGGACAUCUUGGAGAACGACAGCAUCACUCUGGACUGGAUGUUCAAAUAUUCUCUCAUCAAUGACAUCGUCAAGGGCAUGGUGUUCCUCCACAACAGCGUCAUCUUCUCUCACGGUAAACUCAAGUCGUCCAACUGUGUCGUCGACAACCGCUUUGUCCUGAAGAUCACGGACUACGGUUUGUCCAGCUUUCGAUCCGAGAGUGACUCAGGGAAGGACGCUCACGCCUACUAUGCCCAGAGGCUGUGGAUGGCUCCGGAGCUGCUCCGGAUGGAGUCUCCUCUGCCUCAGGGAACUCAGAAAGGAGACGUCUACAGCUUCAGCAUCAUCCUCCAGGAGGUGGCGCUGCGCCGAGGAGCCUUUUACUUAGAGGGGGACCCACUCAGCCCUAAAGAGAUCGUGGACCGGGUGGUUCUGGGCGAGUGGCCCUGCCUGAGGCCGACAAUCGACCCACAGUGUCACAGUCCCGAGCUGGGGCAGCUGAUGCAGCGCUGCUGGGCUGAAGAGCCCACCGAGAGGCCAGAGUUCAACCACAUCCGGCUGCUGCUGCGAAAACAGAACAAGGAGUCGAGAACCAACAUCCUGGACAACCUGCUGUCCCGUAUGGAGCAGUACGCCAACAACCUGGAGGAGCUGGUGGAGGAACGGACACAGGCUUAUCACGAAGAGAAACGCAAGGCUGAGGCCCUACUGUACCAGAUACUACCACAUUCAGUAGCAGAACAGCUGAAACGUGGCGAGACGGUUCAGGCUGAAGCCUUCGAUUCCGUCACCAUCUACUUCAGUGACAUCGUGGGAUUCACCGCCAUAUCUGCAGAGAGCACACCGAUGGAGGUGGUGACUCUGCUGAACGACCUCUACACGUGCUUUGAUGCCAUCAUCGACAACUUUGAUGUUUACAAGGUGGAGACCAUCGGUGACGCCUACAUGGUGGUGUCGGGGCUGCCGGUGAGGAACGGGAAGCUGCACGGCAGGGAGAUCGCCCGCAUGGCCCUCGCCCUGCUGGACGCCGUCCGAACCUUCAAGAUCCGCCACCGACCAGAGCAGCAGCUGAAACUGAGGAUCGGGAUUCACAGCGGCCCAGUGUGCGCAGGAGUGGUGGGUCUGAAGAUGCCACGUUACUGUCUGUUCGGGGACACCGUCAACACGUCGUCCCGUAUGGAGUCCAGCGGAGAAGCGCUGAAGAUCCACGUGUCGGCGGCGACUCGUGAUGUCCUGCUGCAGUUCAACUGCUUCCAGCUGGAGCUGAGAGGAGAGAUCGACGUCAAGGGCAAAGGGAAGAUGACCACCUAUUGGCUACUGGGAGAGAGCGACAGCCAAUGACAAAACACCACGUUACAAGAGGAGGAUGGAGGACACAGAGGAGGGGAAAAGAAAGAGGGAGGUAAGAAGCAGAGAAGGGAAUGAAGGAAAGGAGACAGAAAGUUAAGGGACAAAGUUAUGGGUAAAGAAAGGAAAGAAGGGGGCAGGAGAGACAACAGAGGUAGGGACUGAAAGAAAAAAAUGAAUCUCCGCAGACAUGUCAGGUCCUCUUCCUCCCGCAGCAGAUCUGUCAGAGGACUGAUCACCUCUUGAGUUUUUCUUCUUAUUUCUGAACGGAAGGACCUGGAUGGUUUCAGAUUCCACAACACGGAGCAGAAAGUAACGGUACAUUCCCCACGCACGUGAGCGGAAAUCUGUGACAACUCUACGGGACAAGUGCGCAAGAAAUAAAACCGCAGAUAGGGACAGGAGGUGAAGGACGGGGCGGAGCACGGAGGGUGAAGGUUCUGACAAGAAUGGAGGAGGAAACAACUGGUCUGACAACUGCGGGACCAGGAAUCAAGCUGUACAAAUGAAGGGCUGAAACAUAACGUAAACGAAGGACCAGACAGCUUCACAGACAGUAUUAACACACUCUUUACAUCCUGUGUUCCAGAUCUUGUCUUUAUAUGUUUUCACAUUUGCCAGUUUAAUUGAUCAUUACGGAGGAAAUAAAAUUUCGGGUUUGUUCACAGCCGAUUUGAGUUCCCUGGCUCAGAGGUUCGAGGCCGGGCGGUUUGACAGCCCGAGAGCUCUGCGUUCCAGACUUGUCUUCAGCUUGUGUCUUCAACAGUCCAGGAUCAGGCGUCACUUUGCCCCGCUCGGGACUGGUUCGGUCACUGUGGGGGAGUCCCAGAGGGUCUCGCAGAAAGGCUCAGAGAAGCGGCUGUGUGCUGCUCUUUAUAAGGAGCUGGGGAAGUUAAUCAGACGUACAUUUGCCAAAGCAACCAGUUAGUAUUUGGGUCUUGUUAAAUGCAAAAACAGGUGAGAUUUAUACUUUUAUCUUAAGCGUUUUCAAAGAGUAUUUUUCAGUUUUCCUACAUGAAAGACUUCAAGGACGAAGACUAACCGGUUGGUUCGGCAAAUGUACGUCUGGUUAACUUCCCGGGCUCCGAGCUUUUUUUUGGAAAUAUACGUUCUCUGUAAAUAUACAAAAAUUUCCCUGUGAUUUUACAUUUAAAAAAAAAAAGUCGCAAUUACACAAAGUUUUGCUUUUGAGUUACAAUUAGGAAAAAGUUAUAUAAGAAAGUAAAGUUUUCGGUUUUAAACUUGGUACAAUCGAAUGAUCUUCACAUCUAACGGGUUAAGUUCAGCCACGCAGCGCUGCAACAGUAUGAGGAGCUGAGGACACGUUUGCAGAGUGGACAGUUGGGGAUCAAACCUGCGAUGUCUCAGUUACAGCGCAGUUUUCUGCACAUUUCUCAGCUCUGGCGCCUUCCUGACCUCCAACGCCCAGCGGACCGAAACACCCUGAGCAGCAAACGGGACGAAUGUGCUGGAGAUGUAAGUGGGACGAAAUAUUUUUCUUGGAUUCGUGUCAGUGACUUGAUGGAUUCAUGAACUGAACAGGCCUCAAAAUGUAAACGUGUCUUAAUGUACGAAAACGCAUCUGAUAUUUUUAUAUAGUGCCAUUACACGUGUAUAACAUGUGGACAGCGGAGCAAUGUCUGAGAUUCGCAUACGAGCGCAGUUUUAGAAGACGCAUCUCGUUUUGGGAGCAUUGUCCUUUAACUAAAGCUCAUCAUUUUUGUAUCUCUGAAAGGAUUUCAGUCGUCACAGGUCAACUCAGUCGGUUCAUCAAUAACCUGCUAUCAUGUAAAGAGAGUCACAGAUUCUGUUAGUUUUCUGCCGUCGGUCAGUUUGUAAUUUAGACUAUCUUGUUUGUAUCUUGAUGUUGCACUUUUCCUCUGGUGCCAUUUUGGAUCCCUGCAUUAGGCUAAAGGAUUCAGAGAAGUGAAAAUGAGCCAUUUGUUUUUACAGGGGAUCAAACCAGCAGUGUUCCUUUGUUUGUACUGACCUGUAGUGGCCUCAAUAAAGUGCUGUGCAGAGCCGUUUGCUGUGGGUUGCCGGUUGCAGUCUUCUGAUGAGGCUGACACUAAAACAUCAGAAGUGGUUCGUUACUGUGCGGAGAGGCAGAAGAUACUACAGUUUAUACCAUGGCCACGGAGGAUACCGCUCAUAUGAUUGGCUGAAGGAUGUGCAUUAUUUUCAGAUUACAUGAUGGUAUUCCGUUAGUAUUUCAGAUUAAUACUCACAACUAGAGGAAUAAUCUACUGUCCUAGCUGGCAGGGGGCUGAGGUAUAACAAGACAAUAAUGCACGCCAAACCGUGGAGUGAUGUGCAUUAUUCCUCAAUAAACGCACAGCCCACUGCCUACACUGCAAUAAAUACCACAUUGUUAC